GUACAUGGUGAUGUCAGAGGACAGUGGGCUGGUGUCUUUGUCUCUGCAGCAGUUUGUUCGGAGUGUCGGCGCUCGGACGGCGGCUCCCGGUGGAGGAUCAGUGUCUGCCGCCAUUGCCGCUCUGGGUGCCGCGCUGGGCGCCAUGGUGGGUCAGAUGACGUAUGGGAAGCGUCAGUUUGAGCGUCUGGACGGCGUGAUGCGGCGGCUGAUUCCUCCGUUUCAUCGGGCCAUGGACGAGCUGCUGCUGAUGGUGGACGCCGACUCGAACGCCUUCAACAGCUACAUGGCGGCGCUGAAACUGCCAAAGGACACGGCGGAGGAAAUGAAACGGAGGGAGGCCGCCAUGCAGGAGGGGCUGCAGCGAGCUGUCAGCGUGCCCCUCGCUCUGGCUGACAGGAUCAGCGUCCUCUGGUUGCCGCUCAAAGAAAUGGUCGUCCACGGAAACAUCGCAUGCAAGUCGGACGCUCAGGUGGCGGCUAAGGCUUUGGAGACGGCGGUUUUCGGAGCGUACUACAACGUGAUGAUAAACCUCAGAGACGUGACAGACGCGUUCUUCAGGACGGCGACUGAGAAGAGAGCAGCGGCGCUGCUGCAGGAGGCGAAGGAGAGCGCCGCCGCCAUCCUGCUCGCCGCUGACGAGAGGAAGUGAAUCAGUCAGAGUAUAAACAAUGAUUUUAAUGUCGAUCGAACUGAAGAUGUCCUGAAUCAGCUCGACCGCUUUAAACCUCCAACACGGCGUUUGAGUUUCAGCACAAAUGUUUGUCAGUUUUACACUUUUACGUUCACACGUCAAUAAAAGUUCGCGAUAAACUUAAAAUUAACAUUAACACAACAUUGUACCAAACCUUUUUUUUUUUAUUUUUGUUUUUGUUUCCUUCAAUUUUUUAUUUUGUAAAAUUGGCCUAAAAUGUCAAAUGUUAAAAGUCUUUAAUAGUCUGGAACUUUAACUUGUAGAAAUUCAUCAUUAAAGCAGACGAUUGAAUUAAUUUUAAAAUGAGAAAGUUGAACUUUUGUGUAUAAAAUACGGUCAAAUGUUACGCUGAUGAUACUUUAUAUUUGGCUUCAGCCUGACCGUGACCAGCGGCGUCAUCAGGCAAUGACAAUGUUUUAUAAAUAUCUGCAGAUCUAAAUAUGUAUGUAUGUACAUUUUAAAACACCAAA